CUUUUUAAAAUGCGGCUCAUAUUAAGUAUACAUACCUCUACCCAUCUCACGGCAUGACGUAAUCGUAAAUAUGCCAAUUCACUCGUGUGGCGUGGGCGCCAGCAGCGGCGUACCCAGUACCUAUCGGCAAAAUGUGUCCGCGUCCGCGCUAAUUGCGUCGACAAAUUCUCACCACUUUACACGUGAAUCGAAAAAUGGCUGCAGGCGCUGUGCACAAUCAGCUUCAAAAUUCGACAUCUCACUGGCACAUACCUCUACCCCUAAUAAAUACGCGAAAUUUCCUAUGCGACUUCGAAAUCUCUGAUCCCCGAGCAAGCGCAGAGACAUGAUCGAACCAGAUCCCGAAAGUCUCCCUCAACAAUCGGCCCCCAGCUCGCGAUGCCAGAGCAUCUGAUGCCCAUACCUAUACCCCCACCACCAUCACAACAAUCGCAUGCCGAAAACCAACGAGAAGAGGCUUUGAGACGAUUGUCCCGGUCUCCUCAUCCGUAUCAUCGCCAGCGCUUCGAACUGCCCCAUGCCUCGGAGAAGAUUAGCGGUUAUGCGCCUGCGAGAAAGUCACCUCUGGCCUCGAGGCAGAAUACUGACGAUGAUGAUGAUGACAACCAAGAGAGGACACGUCUCUCCGCCCGGCGCUAUCACGAUCCCACACCCAGCGAUAGCGGUACUGAGGCAGACGAUGAACAUUUCUUGAAGGGGUUGCCAGCCCCCCGACUUAAACCACACAAAGGGCUCCGAGGGAGCGAUGGGACAUUUUCCGGAUCACCGAGUCCUUUACCUUCUCCUGCUUUUCAGGAUGGGGACAUAUCUAGAAGAAUUGGCUACGCCCGCGUGAAUUCUCUGGCUGAGAAGAGUGAGGAUACUCGUAAAGUAACCGAUAAGUUUCGACGCAAGCGGAAAGUAGAGAUAAUAAGGAGAAUUUCCGAGACGGCCAUUUUGGGGGCUGUUGGUGGAAUAGUUUGUCUCAAUUCAGAAGUGCGGCAAAUCAUAUGGUUAUGGAGGAGGGGUGAGUUCACAAAGAUUGGUUCAGACGAGCUGCGCUAAUGGGUAAAGAAUUAAUAUGUCAGUUUCUUAUAACAAUAUCUCUCGUUUCUAUAUAUCCUCUUCGAUUGCUACGCCAUAUAAAUCCCUCCAAUCCUUGGAAGAGGCCAUUUCAAAUUGCAAUUCCUUCUGCCUUCGACCCAGCUCCUUUGCUGUACCCCUCGGUCGUCACGAUACUGGCUUCGCUACUACUAUCAGCGAGUAACCCAGUUGGGCUGCUACCCAGCAUCAUUUUGGGAAUUUGUUCGCUACCGAAACAACUUGUACCAUCCACAGGAGGUCCAGAAGGUGGAAAUAUUUGUCACUGGCUCCUUUCGUGCUUACCUGUUCUUCUCGUAAAGCAUGACUCUGUUCUUACUUUAUUGGAGUCACCGAAAACAAGCCCUAUUGGGUUCAACAUCGAAAACCUAGUUCUCUUGCACCCGUUGCACUUGGCCCUCUGUGAUACUCUGCAUUACCUCACGACCACUAGUUUACUACCCGCAGAGCUACAAUUACUAUCGAUAUCCUUGAUAGAAUUGCUCCUGCUUGGUACGUCUCCGCAAGCUGUAAUUCUCAAGUCCGUUCUUUGGGGAUGCGGAUUUGGCAUACUAAUUACCUGCACCCAAGUGCUUGGUUGGGGUGUCACCUUGGCAAGAGUGCCUAAAUGGCGCUUCAGGCGGUCAGAAGUGCCCUGGAAAGCAAAAAAGUCGACAAUUUGGAAAAGUUGGCUAGGUGUUAGCACUUUGAUCUCCAAAAAGGAACUUGACUGCGAAACAAGCUCUGAUGAAUUGUUUGAUUCGCGGACAAGUAAAACGAGCUCACCAAACCUUGUGCUAAAGACUCGCGACACAACACCCGCACAACAAAUCCAGAAUGGUUCCAUCUCAGCUAUUGACACCGCGAAAGGGAAUACAAUUAGCAAUGGGCCAUCAGAUCAUGGUAGUAUUGGGCUACAACGAAGACAUACGCUUCCCGCCGCCGUUCAUGUCCCGGAAAGAUCAAGUCAAAAAACACCUUCGGGUCGGAAGAAAAGAUCUGCUUCUUCAAGUGUACAAUCCUUUUUCUCACUUACUCAAUCUCAAGCAAGUAUGAGAAAAUGGCUUUAUGCGGCCUGGGUGUAUGCUUGUAUAGUUGUCAUAAUUUUGGGGGGCAUCCGAGAGUACAUUGCAAUAUUUGCGUUGGACGGAAAUGAGCCAAUUGGAUGGGCCCUAGGAUAUCUUUUUGGGGAUAUUCCGUGGUUCCGUAUGCAUGUUGUAACAGCCAACCUUCAGCGGUGGAUCAUACUUCCAACCCUUAGCGGGCCUGAGAACCAGGAAUCAUGUCUCUUAGGAUGGGUAGAACAUUUGAGGCAUGCUUCUUUUGGGAAGGCAAAUACUCGACUAAUUCUAUGCGGAUACUGGCUAGGAAUCAUCACUGUCGGCCUUUCAGUUGUGUAUCGAUUGUCUGCCAUUUACGAAGUUGACACACGAAGAAAAGUUUUCCACUUUAUGAUGGUCGCUAUGCUUCUCCCAGCGACAUUCGUAGACCCGACCUUUGCAGCACUCGCUCUUUCCCUGAUGUUGGCUAUUUUUCUCCUGCUAGAUUUGUUUCGUGCAACUCAACUUCCCCCGCUAUCGAAAUCAUUGGCUCAUUUUCUGACUCCUUAUGUGGACGGCAGGGACCUUAAAGGACCAGUAGUUAUUUCACAUAUUUUCCUUCUCAUUGGUUGUGCUAUUCCUUUAUGGCUUUCUCUUGGGACCUUACCUCGCACUGGCACGAAUUCUGCUCUUGGCUGGGAGGUGCCCAUCAGAGAAGUUAGCAUGGUUAGUGGUGUUAUCUGCGUCGGUUUAGGAGAUGCGGCGGCAUCUUUAAUAGGAAGACGGUUUGGCCGUCGAAAAUGGGUUUGGGGCGGUGGGAAAAGUGUUGAAGGCAGUGUGGCAUUCGCUGCAGCAGUCCACAUGGCGUUGAUUGCUGCGAAACUAUGGCUUAGAAUUGGGGAUUGGCCAGCAAACAACGAGGAUCCAUGGGCGAUGACUGCCGCUAAGGCGUGUAUUGCCGCCGGUAUUGCGAGUCUUACAGAGGCUGUCCUGACUGGCGGGAAUGACAACGUGGUCGUCCCUGUCGUCCUAUGGCUUUGUGUUAAAGGUCUAGACAUUUAG